AUGAGAAAUAAAUGGGCUAUUGAGAAGGUACUACUGGACCCCUUCCAGGUUGCUAACAAUGCUAUCAAUACAUUCAAGCCGUGUCUCCCAGUUAGUGGGGAACCAAGUUUUACAUUGCACAAAGCAAGAUGCUGGCAGGUACCCCCUUCAGGUUUUUAUAAACUCAACGUUGAUGCUGCCCUAUUUUUUUAUCUUAAAAAGGUUAGAGUAGGUGCAGUACUUAGGGAUGGAAAAAGAGAGAUGGUAAUGGCAGUAAGCAAGGCCGAAAAUGAGCUGCAUGAUCCAGAAUCUAUGGAGCUGAUUGUGAUGCUAAGGCGUCUUCAAUUCAUCCUACAAUUGGGUAUAAGUAAGAUCAUCCUGGAGAGUGACAGCCUAUUAAUGGUAGAAGCCUUAAAUGCCAAUCAAGAAUCACUAUCAUUGCAAGGUAACUUGCUGAAAGAAGUCAGGAGCUUGCUGCAUUGUUUUGAAGACCAGAAAGUGCAACAUGUUUGUAGAAGCAGAAACCAGGUGGCCAACACUCUUGCCAAGCAUGCGUGGUCUAUCUCGGAUACAGAAUUAUGGAUGGGAACAAUUCCCCCUUUUUUGUCUUAG